AUGCGGGAUUUGGCUUCUGCUCGCUUGAUCGAUUUCGAAUCGAAGCUUGAACUGAUCAGAGGUGGAGGAGGAUCGAUAAAAAUAGGAGCAACAGGAACAGUCGCAACUCUAAUGACUCGAGAGCUAGACUCCAUGAAACAGCCUUCCCCUCAGACUCCAACAUCGAAACCCAUUAGAACAACAAUCCCUGUCUCAGUAGACUGUGGCACAUCUUCUACAACUCCAAGAAGACAGAAAGCAAGAAAGUCAUCAGACGAAGCUAGCAGCAGCAGCAGCAACAAUGUUAGAACACCAAAGGGUCACAGUGCCAAAAGCAGUAAUCAGCUUCCAAUGGUUGGCUCUGAUAAUGUUAGAACACCAAAGGGUCACAAUACCAAAAGCACUCAUCAGCUUCCAAUGCUUGGAUCUGAUAAUGUUUCGUUGCAAGGAACACCGAGGAGAGAGAAGAGAAUGAACAUUGUGGAUAUUGUGGAUGUGAAAUGCGGGAAUCCAGAUCGAGCUUGGGCUAAUCCGAUAACCAGUAGACUCAAGAAGCUUGGCUUCUCUAAGCUCAAUGAGAGCAUUGUUUAA